AUGCUCACCCCGAACAACAACAGUGCUGCCAAACUCGACGUCUUAAUUCUCACUGCGACGUUCGGAUCAAGUAAAAUUCCAGACAGCUUUUACAUGAUACCAGGCUACACAUUACACAGAAAAGAUCGAAUCGGGAAGAAAGGUGGCGGCAUAAUUGCGUAUUUAAAUGAGAAAGUUAUAGCUUCACAUCGAAGAGAUUUGGAACUGGAUGAUCUUGAAACUCACUGCCUUCAAAUUUGUCCUCAUAAAUCAAAGACACCGAUUUUGAUAUCUGGUGUUUACCGUCCACCUUCAGCCAACAAAGAUUAUAAUGAGAGCUUGGGUAAAAAUAUUGAAAAUGCCCAUCUCCAACACAAUAAAUUGAUUAUUCUGGGAGACUUCAAUUUAGAUUAUAUUGAUUUCAACUGUUAUUCAAAACAUUUUCUCGCAAAGGCACUGAACAAUCUUGGAUUAACGCAGAUGGUAAAUAGAGUAACAAGACCUGCCUCUGAUGCGUGCUUAAACCAUAUUUAUUGUAGUCAUCCUGCUAAAAUUAGAGAAGUAUCCAUAGGUAAAUCUGGACUUUCCGAUCAACUUCCGGUCACCAUCUUGAGGUGCUACAAAACCAUGCCUGACUGCCUGUUGCUGAUGUAUGUAGUCGCGUGGCGUGUUUCUAAACUUCUUGAGCUUUGUUGA